AUGAGACUCGCGCGGGAGAAGAUUGAUCUUUCCGCCUUAGAUAUCGCGGAGACGCGCGUCCGCAAAGAUGUGCGUCGUGGGGGUGUAAUUCUGUUGGAGAUUUCUGGCUCUAACGGAUCGGCUAAGGCGGAUCGACUGGCCGAAGCGCUGGCUCCGGUCCUGGAAGGAAUGGCUGCUGUCACCCGUCCGGUCCGUAGGGGUAAGCUGCGAAUCACCGGCCUGGACGAAUCAGUGUUCGCCGAUGCACUGGUGGCGCGCUUGAGCUCAGUCGAGUUCGGUGGUUGCAGGGUUACCGACAGUAAGGUAGGCCCUAUGACAGAAGAACGAGACCGCUUGGGUGCGGUACAGAUCAAAUGCCCACUAGAAGUGGCCACAAAAGUAGCCGAGUUUGGCUGCCUCCGUGUGGGGUGGUCAAGCGCUAAGGUCGCGCUUCUGCCUAGCCGCCAACUCCAAUGUUACAAGUGCUUGGAGUUUGGGCAUGUCAGACAAAGCUGCAAAAACCCGGUAGAUCGGAGUGACGCGUGUUACCGUUGCGGCAAGCCCGACCAUCUUUCUUGCUCGUGCCCGGGUCCAGCUUGGUGUGUUCUGUGCGCUAACCGAGAACUCUCGUCCGUGCACAGACUCGGAGGCGAGGCGUGUCCUUUGCGACACAAGGGGCGAAACGGCCUCUAG